AUGCAGACUGCAUCUACAAACAUCUACAAACAUUUGUGAAAGAAUGGGUCACUCUCAGGAGCUCAGUGAAUUCAAGCCUGGUACUGUGAUAGGUUGCCACCUGUGCAAUAAGUCCAUCCGUGACAUUUUCUUGCUACUAAAUAUUCCACAGUCAACUGUUAGUGGUAUUAUAACAAAGUGGAAGCAACUGGGAUCAACAGCAACUCAGCCACCAAAGCGGGGUCAGCUGGGUCAGGCGCAUGCUGAAGUGAAUAGAAGUCACCAACUGUCUGCAGAGUCAAUAGUUAAAGACCUCAAAACUCUGUGUGGUCUUCGGAUUAGCACAACAACAGUUUCCAUGGCCGUGCAGCUGCAUCCAAGGCUUACAUUACCA